AUGCACCCAAACUGCUUCGGUUUGUCUCUACUGAACUUUAUUAUUGUUCUUGCUACUUUCAACUUUACAGGUGAGAAAUCCAAAAUAUUUACUAUAGAAGUCUUGGUUCUUUCAGAUUCCACAGAAACUGUCACGUAUUCCGAUCGGAAAUGUGCCGGUGACCUUGGAAAUCUCUGGCUGGACGUUGUUCUUGUGGUCGAUAACUCUCGAGCCGUCACAAACAUAAAUGAGGUCGUGAAGAGCAUUCUGAGCAUUUUCGAAAAUGACACUAAGAUCGGAACAAGAUCCGAUGAGCCGAGGACGACCAGAAUCGGCCUGGUGACGUACAAUUUGGAUGCGGAUAUUGUCGCCAAUCUGAAUCAGUUUCAAUCCUUCGACGAUCUGAACACAUCCAUCUCUGCCCAUCUUUCCACGCUCAGCUCUUCCGACGAUUCGUUUCUGAUCAAAGGGCUAGAAGCCGCGGAAACAGUAUUGGCCAUUUCAGCAAGAGCCAAUGAGCGCACGCAUUACAAAAAAGUGAUAGUCAUCUAUACUCCAGUGAUGGAUGAGUGAGUUCUCAUUCUGUCGGCGAUUCAAUUCAGUUCUGUCUGUCAUUUCAGUAUUUUCUCAGCGUAUCCAUUAGCUGAUCGACUAAAAGCCGACGGAAUCACAAUCAUCACGGUGGACGGCAGUGGGGACGAAAUGGAAUCGGCCAGGAAACAAAACCUUUUGAGUCUGGGCCUGAAUCUGAGCAAAAUAGCCACUAAGAACUACGAUUUCUCAAUUCAAGAUGACAAAUCCGUGGAGAAAAUUCAAGAGGCGCUCCUGCAAAGUAGUGGCGACUACCGUAACCCUAAUGAUGCCAGUAUUUCAGGCAACUGUUUCUGUCCGAAUGGCUGGACACAACUGCGCACUUCCACGCGGAUCAGCACUCGUACAAGUACGGUACCUGCCUGUCUCUCAAUUCACUCCAGGCAGUUGGAGAGCGGCACGGCUGAGUUGCAGAAACCAGUGGAAGAAUGCUCAUCUCACAAAUGAGUAUGACGUCAAUAAGCAUAACUAUGUGCUCGGUAAGUAACGGUGGGCCUGAAAACUUAAAUGGAACGAUCAGUGACUUCAGAAGCACUGAGCAACUCCACACUGUUCCGUCAUCCGUACACUUACCUUAUCGGUCUCACCUACACUUCUGGAGCCUGGUACUGGGAGCAACCAAUCGGAAAAGCACUGAAGAAAGUGGAGGGAUGGAGCAACUGGAAUACGGAUUUCCCCGUGAGCUCCUCGACGAUGACAGUUGGGCUCAAUGUGGAGGCUGGCGAGGCGAUGAGGACGAAUUGGCAGAACACGGAUCCGAUGAGGGAUGCACAUUAUUACGUGUGCGAAGUUGUCACUUGCGAUACGGAUAAUUAUUGUGAAACGGUCGAGGAUUAGAGGGAUUCGGCUAGAAUAUUCAUACGGAUAACGAAUACGGAACGAGGAUAACGAAAAGUAAACCUUGUCGUUGAACAUUUCUAACCGUUUUUUUUUCAGUCAACUGCUUCUGCCCGAACGGCUGGACCCAAUACCGUUCCUCCUAUUCUCUGACUUCCUCCUACCGCUUCGGAGUCUGCAUCGCUCCUACCGUAAUCCCGGCCGUCUGGAGAGCAGCCAGACUGAGCUGCCGCAAUCAGUGGAACAACGCGUAUCUCGUCAACGAGUACGAUGCCAACAAGCACAAUUACGUGCUCGGUGAGCCGUCAUUACUUCCGGAGGCAAUCCAACUCAUUCUGUUCUUUUCCAGAUCUUCUGAAGAACACGACGGCGUUCCAGCAGCCGUACACCUACCACAUCGGGCUUUCCUUCUCGAACGGAGCCUGGAACUGGGAGCAACCGGUGGGAUUGGCCACGAAGAGAGUGCAGCACUACGAGGCGUGGAACCCGGGAUUUCCGAUCAGCUCGUCCUCGCUGACCGUCGCCCUCAACAUUCAGGAGAAGCGUGAUCUCGUCACCGGAUGGGAGAACACCGAUCCGCUCAAGAAUUCGCAGUACUACGUUUGCGAAGUGGCCUCGUGCGAUACUGAUAACUAUUGCGAUCAAGUUGAUAUUUGA